CCGACGACUGAUUUCCCUGUAAACCGGCAAGCUCGCCUCGACUCCUCUUCGGCAUCUUCCCAAAAGCCCAAACUUUCGAGAUUCCUCAAGCUUGUGAUCCAUUAGGUUUAGCAGAAGAUGGAAAUAGAUCGAGAGAACAUCGAUAAUGAGAUCAAAAGGGCGCAGGAGGAGCGGCGGAAUAUGGAGAACUUAGCUCCUCUAGCCUCCGUCACUUUUGAUUCCGACCUCUACGAGGAAAAUCGGUUCGAGGGCUACGCUCGAUCCAUUGCUGUAAACGAGGACGAUGAUGAAGCGGAUGGGGACGCUUCGCUUCUUGGUCGCCGCCGCAUGCCCACCUACACGGCUCCGAAGUCGCUGAUUGAUGUUCCUCGAGCAGAUGGGGACGACGAUUCCGGAUUCAAGAAGCCCUCCCGCAUUAUCGACCGUGAAGAUGAGUAUCGCCGCCGACGACUCGAUCGUAUCAUCUCCCCUGCACGUAAUGACCCUUUCGCAUCAGGUGAGGCUACUCCUGAUCCAUCUGUUCGUACUUACGCUGAUGUAAUGAGAGAACAAGCCCUUCAACGCCAGAAGGAGGAGUUGCUGAAAGCGGCGGCCAAGAAACAUGAAGAGGAGAAGAACAGCAAGGCUGCUGCAGCUGAGGCUCCUCCACCUGCUGCUGCUCAGAAGAGGAGGAACAGGUGGGAUCAGUCGCAGGAUUCUGACAGUUCUUCUGUUGUAAAGAAGGUGAAAGCAAGUUCUGAUUGGGAUGCCCCAGAUUCAACUCCUGGCAUCGGGAGAUGGGAUGCUACUCCAACUCCUGGGAGAGUUGGGGAUGCAACCCCUUCGAUCUCUAGGCGGAACAGGUGGGAUGAGACUCCGACUCCUGGACGGCUUGCUGAUUCUGAUGCUACUCCAGCAGCUGCCACCCCUGGUGCAACUCCAGCUGGGAUGACUUGGGAUGCUACGCCGAAGCUUGGUGGGCUGGCUACCCCUACUCCCAAACGGCAAAGAUCAAGAUGGGACGAGACUCCGGCUACCAUGGGGAGUGUCACUCCGAUGCCUGGUGCUGCAACUCCUGCUGCAGCGUUUACUCCUGGUGUCACUCCCAUUGGUGGGGUUGACUUGGCAACCCCAACUCCUGGAGCUAUCAACCUUCGGGGACCUAUGACGCCAGAGCAGUAUAAUUUGCUAAGGUGGGAGAGGGAUAUUGAGGAGAGGAACAGACCUUUGACUGAUGAAGAACUUGAUGCCAUGUUUCCUCAAGAGGGUUACAAGAUCCUUGAACCACCAGCUUCUUAUGUUCCCAUCAGAACUCCUGCAAGGAAGCUUCUUGCUACUCCAACUCCACUUGGUACACCACUUUAUGCAAUCCCUGAAGAGAACCGGGGGCAGCAGUUUGAUGUCCCGAAGGAAGCACCUGGUGGGUUGCCAUUCAUGAAGCCAGAGGAUUAUCAGUACUUUGGGGCUCUUUUGAAUGAGGAGGAAGAGGAGGAACUGUCACCGGAGGAGCAAAAGGAGAGGAAAAUAAUGAAGCUUUUGCUAAAGGUGAAGAAUGGUACUCCUCCACAAAGGAAAACAGCAUUGAGGCAACUCACUGAUAAGGCUAGGGAAUUUGGAGCAGGUCCUCUCUUCAAUAAAAUCCUGCCUUUGCUCAUGCAACCUACGCUUGAAGACCAAGAGAGGCAUCUCUUGGUGAAGGUUAUUGAUAGGGUGUUGUACAAGUUGGAUGAGUUGGUUCGCCCCUUUGUGCACAAGAUCCUUGUGGUUAUUGAGCCUUUACUAAUUGAUGAGGACUAUUAUGCUCGUGUUGAGGGAAGGGAGAUCAUUUCUAAUCUAAGCAAAGCAGCUGGUUUGGCUACAAUGAUUGCAGCAAUGAGGCCUGAUAUUGAUAACAUAGAUGAAUAUGUGAGGAAUACAACUGCAAGGGCUUUCAGUGUGGUGGCUUCCGCUUUGGGAAUUCCUGCUCUUCUACCUUUUCUGAAGGCUGUCUGCCAAAGUAAAAAGUCUUGGCAAGCACGACACACUGGUAUAAAAAUUGUGCAACAGAUUGCAAUUCUCAUGGGAUGUGCUGUUCUUCCACACCUAAGGUCUCUGGUUGAAAUCAUUGAACAUGGGCUUAGUGAUGAGAAUCAGAAGGUCAGAACAAUUACUGCCCUAUCUCUUGCAGCUUUGGCAGAAGCGGCUGCUCCUUAUGGUAUUGAAAGUUUUGAUUCAGUUCUAAAGCCACUUUGGAAGGGUAUUCGUUCACACCGUGGGAAGGUGCUAGCAGCCUUUUUGAAGGCAAUUGGCUUCAUUAUUCCCCUUAUGGAUGCACUUUAUGCAAGUUACUACACGAAGGAAGUCAUGGUCAUUCUUAUUCGUGAGUUCCAAUCCCCUGAUGAAGAAAUGAAGAAGAUUGUGCUGAAAGUUGUUAAGCAAUGUGUAAGUACUGAAGGUGUUGAACCUGAUUACAUACGAAAUGAUAUUCUUCCAGAGUUCUUCAGAAAUUUUUGGGUUAGGAGGAUGGCCCUGGAUCGAAGAAACUACAAGCAGCUUGUGGAUACUACUGUUGAAAUUGCAAAUAAGGUUGGUGUGGCAGAUAUUGUUGGAAGGAUAGUGGAAGACCUUAAGGAUGAGAGUGAGCCCUAUCGGAGAAUGGUUAUGGAAACCAUUGAGAAAGUGGUAUCCAAUUUGGGUGCUUCUGAUAUUGAUGCCCGUCUGGAAGAGCUUCUUAUUGAUGGGAUACUUUAUGCAUUCCAAGAACAGACCAGUGAUGAUGCAAAUGUCAUGCUUAAUGGAUUUGGUGCAGUCGUGAAUGCUCUUGGUCAGAGAGUGAAGCCUUACCUUCCUCAAAUCUGUGGAACAAUCAAAUGGAGAUUGAAUAACAAGAGCGCAAAAGUGAGGCAGCAAGCAGCUGACCUUAUUUCACGGAUUGCAGUUGUCAUGAAACAGUGUCAUGAAGAGCAGUUGAUGGGCCAUUUAGGUGUUGUUUUAUAUGAGUAUCUUGGAGAAGAAUACCCUGAGGUUUUAGGUUCUAUUUUGGGAGCACUAAAGGCAAUAGUUAAUGUUAUAGGUAUGACCAAGAUGACUCCUCCCAUCAAAGACCUGCUUCCUCGGCUGACUCCUAUUCUGAAGAACAGACAUGAAAAGGUUCAGGAGAACUGUAUUGAUCUUGUUGGCAGAAUUGCUGAUCGCGGCGCUGAGUUUGUUCCUGCUAGAGAGUGGAUGAGGAUAUGUUUUGAGCUGCUUGAUAUGCUGAAGGCUCAUAAGAAAGGCAUCAGGAGAGCUACAGUGAACACAUUUGGGUACAUUGCAAAAGCUAUUGGACCACAGGACGUUUUGGCAACUUUAUUAAACAAUUUGAAAGUGCAAGAGCGUCAAAAUCGUGUUUGCACAACAGUUGCAAUUGCUAUAGUUGCUGAAACCUGCUCCCCAUUCACUGUUCUCCCUGCCCUUAUGAAUGAAUACCGUGUGCCAGAAUUGAAUGUACAAAAUGGAGUCUUAAAAUCUCUUUCCUUUCUUUUUGAGUACAUUGGAGAGAUGGGAAAGGAUUACAUUUAUGCAGUGACACCAUUACUGGAAGAUGCUUUGAUGGAUAGGGAUCUGGUUCAUAGACAAACUGCUGCUUCAGCUGUAAAGCACAUGGCAUUGGGUGUUGCUGGUUUGGGUUGUGAGGAUGCAUUGGUCCAUCUGAUGAACUAUGUGUGGCCUAAUAUAUUUGAAACUUCUCCACAUGUCAUAAAUGCUGUAAUGGAGGCUAUUGAAGGAAUGAGAGUUGCCUUAGGAGCUGCAGUCGUCCUGAACUAUUGCCUCCAAGGCUUGUUCCAUCCAGCAAGGAAGGUCCGUGAGGUAUACUGGAAGAUUUACAACUCACUUUAUAUUGGAGCUCAGGAUACACUUGUUGCUGCUUACCCAGUGCUGGCGGAUGAGGAGAAUAACAUCUAUAGCAGGCCCGAGUUGAUGAUGUUCGUAUGACACCUUAAGCUUGCAUAGGGGCGCUUUUACUUGAGAUGAACUUUGUUCUAACUGUUUGCUUAUAUAAAUGGAGUUUGUUAAAAA